AUGAAGCCCCAGCUGGAAGAGCAACAACCCCAGGCCAUACUCCCCACCUUCCUGCCUCUUGUCCGCCCCGUGGUGCCCAAGUCACCCGUGGUACCCAAGCGUCCUGCGGUGCCCAAGUCUCCUGUGGUGUCCAAGUCACCUCUGUUGUCCAAGCAACUUAUCAACACCAAGCCUCCAGUGGUGCCCAAACCACCUGUGGUGCCCAACUCAUCUGCUUUCUCCAACCCACUUGUGGACACCAACCUUCCUGUGACACCCAAGCCUCCAGUGGUGCCCAAACCACCUGUGGUGCCCAGGCGUCCCUUGAUCUACAAGCCACUUACGCACACCAAGCUUCCUCUUGUGCCAAAUUCUCCAGUGGUGCCCAAGCCACCUGUGGUGCCCAACUCAUCUGCUUUCUCCAAGCUACUUGUGGACACCAACCUUCUUGUGAUGCCCAAGCCUCCAGUGGUGCCCAAGCCUGCAGUGGUGCCAAGGCAUCCUGUGGUCCACAUGCCACUUACAGACACCAAGGUUCCUGUGAUUCCCAAGCCUCUUGUGGUGCCAAAGCCACCCGUGGUCUCUAAGCCCCUUAUAGACACAAGGCUUCCUGUGAUUCCCAAGCCUCUUGUGGUGCUCAAGCCACCUGUGGUCUACAAGCCACUUACGGACACCAAGGUUUCCGUGAUGCCCAAAUCACCUAUGUUGUCCGAGUCACCUGUUUUCCUGAAGCCACUUUUGAAUUUCAAGCUUCCUGUGAUUCCCAAGCCUCUUGUGGUGCCAAAGCCACCCGUGGUCUCCAAGCCCCUUACGGACACCAAGCUUCCUGUUGUGCCAAAGUCUCCAGUGGUGCCCAAGCCACCCGUGGUGCCCAACUCACCUGUUUUCUCCAAGACACUUACCGACACCAAGCUUCCUGUGAUUCCCAAGCCUCCUGUGGUGCCCAAGUCACCUAUUGUACCCAGGCGUCCCCUGGUCUACAAGCCACUUACGCACACCAAGCUUCCUCUUGUGCCAGAGUCUCCAGUGGUGCCCAAGCCACCUGUGGUACCCAAGACACUUGUGGACACCAAGCUUCCUGUCACACCCAAGCCUCCAGCAGUGCCCAAGCCUCCAGUGGUGCCGAGGCGUCAUGUGGUCUACAAGCCACUUAGAUGGUGCAGUUCUGUGUCUUUCCUUUACUCUGAGAACAACGCUGAUGACACUCCGAUCCUUUCUAUGUUAGGUAAAAGCUUGUAA